AGUUAAGAAAUGGAGGCCAAAGUUUUCCUUUCCAAGAGACGAGUUGACAAAAACAAGUGCGCUCUUGAAGUGUCAGUGAACCAGUGGGUCAACAAAUGAAAAUAGAGUACAAGUACGAAGACAAGAAGACGCCAGAUUCAAGAAUUUUGUUUCUGAGGUCGUCUACUGGAGAUACUAAAGAAGAGUUGAGACUCAUACUUUUGUGAUUUAAAAGCAAUUAUUAAGAAAAAAGGAAAAUAGAAAACGUAACGGUCACCAUUUGGUUUCCGAAAGAGCUCCUAAAUUCUUUACCUAAAAGGUUUUGGAAAGAUCCCUUUGAAGCAAAGAUUGACGAGCUGCUUUUGUCGCCAAAAAAAUCUACUCGAGGUAGUGUGCUUCAUAUCUUCCUGUCUUUUGGAUUUGCAGGGCCUCGCUCUCUCCCCCAUAUAUCACUGGAAAGAUGCUCUCUUUGAAUAUCACCCUAGCCUCUCCUGUCACUUUCUCUAAAUCCAACUACCACAAAUACCCCAUAAAUGCUUAUCCUUCUUCUUCUUCUUCUUCUUUACUAAAUCCAAGUCUUAUUAAUAGGACUCAAAAUCAAAUUGCUUUCUUUCAGAAACCCAACUCUCAAAUUACUGCAUUGAGCACUAAGGUCUCUGACUUCGGCCAAAUCCAUGGCUACCCAGUUGGCCUUUCUUCAACGUUCACUACUCAGAUCUGUGAAUCAAACAGAGUCCACAAGUACCCAUCUGGACUUUUCUCAAAACCCAGAUCCUAUAUCGCUAAAGCAGCUGCAUCUGAAUCUGAAUCAAGCCCUGAAGAAGAAGCUAGUUUGGAUUCACAGCCUAAAGAUAAAACUUUCCAACUUGCUAUUGUUUUCGGUCUUUGGUACUUCCAGAAUAUUGUUUUUAACAUUUACAAUAAAAAAGCAUUGAAUGUUUUUCCAUAUCCAUGGUUUCUUGCUUCUUUCCAGCUCUUUGUGGGGUCUAUUUGGAUGUUUAUUUUAUGGUCAUUGAAGUUGCAACCAUGCCCUAAGAUUUCAAAGCCAUUCAUUAUUGCUCUUCUUGGACCUGCACUAUUUCACACUAUUGGUCAUAUAUCAGCCUGUGUGUCAUUCUCUAAAGUUGCUGUUUCUUUCACUCAUGUUAUCAAAUCAUCAGAGCCUGUUUUCUCUGUUAUAUUCUCUUCAUUACUCGGUGAUACUUACCCUUUAAAAAUCUGGCUUUCAAUCCUUCCUAUUGUUCUUGGUUGUUCCCUUGCUGCCAUAACUGAAGUGUCCUUCAAUUUCCAAGGCUUGUGGGGUGCUUUGAUUAGUAAUGUUGGUUUUGUAUUUAGGAACAUCUACUCAAAAAAGAGUCUGCAGAGCUUCAAGGAAGUUAAUGGACUUAACUUGUAUGGUUGGAUUAGUAUAAUAUCAUUAAUUUAUUUGUUUCCUGUUGCGGUUGUUGUUGAAGGGUCUCAGUGGGUUCAAGGGUACCACAAGGCUAUUGAAACCGUUGGCAAAUCAUCAACAUUUUAUUUUUGGGUGUUGCUUUCUGGUGUCUUUUAUCAUCUCUAUAAUCAAUCCUCUUACCAGGCACUUGAUGACAUUAGCCCUUUAACCUUCUCGGUUGGCAACACAAUGAAGAGGGUGGCGGUGAUUGUGUCUACUAUUUUGGUGUUUAGGAAUCCAGUUAGGCCUUUGAAUGCAGUUGGAUCGGCCAUUGCCAUACUGGGGACUUUCCUAUACUCUCAGGCAUCUGCUAAGAAAACCAACAAAACUGAAGGUGAAAAGAAGAGUUAGACAGAUAUAGAUGGACCAUUUUGGAUCUUGAUAGUCUUAGGCUUAAAUAACUCUUGCAUUCCCCUUUGUUUACUUUGUUACAGUUGGGAUGUUUCAUUGUUAUUCUUAAUUUUACAAUCCUUGCUUCCUUUUUCCAAUUUUCUCCAUGAUGUGUAGCUUAUCAUUCACUGUUUCUUUUAAGCUUUUUUUUCCAUGUGCCCUGCAUAUUUUCUUUGGAAUUGAGAGAGGACUAAGAAAUUUUGUA